AAUAAGCAGCAAAUCUUUGUUCAGGACAGAAGCCUGGGGUGUGCUUUCCCCUCAGCCUGGGAGAGUGGCUGAGCAGGGAUUUCCUCUCCAGCACACCCCCCUCACCCCCCCUCACUCAGAGAUCACCACCCCCACCCCCUCACUCAGAGAUCACCACCCCCACCCCCUCACUCAGAGAUCACCUCCCAUCAACCUGGAGGAGUCCACUCUGGGGCUGGACCCAGCUGAUACUGACCGACUGAGAGUGAACAGCUCCCUCUGCUCAGAGAGAAACUCACUCACUCACUCACUGGGGGAUCGGAGAGAGAGACACAGGGCGCUCCCGGAGCACAAGCGAUGUCCCGGGCGGAGAGAGGGAGCGCGGAGCCGGGCGGCGGAGAGCAGGAGCAGGAGCAGGAGCAGGAGGAGAGCGAGGAGGAGGAGGAGGCUGAGAUCCUGGAGGAGAGUCAGUGCGGCCGCUGGCAAAAACGGCCCGAACAGGUGAGGCAGGGCAAUGCAGCUAGCAUUGAGAGCACCUUCCUCGCCAUGGACACUGAGGAGGGGGUGGAGGUCGCUUGGAACGAGGUUCACUUUCCCAAUGACCAGCUUUUCUACCUUCAUGAGGAGAACAUUAAGUUGGUUUUUGAGCAUUUCAUGCAACUGGAACAUCCCAACAUUGUCAAAUUUCACAAAUACUGGAUUGACAAGGGAGAGAGCGCAACCAGGAAGAGACCCUCAGGCAAGAGCCACAUCAGGCUGAUCUUUAUCACCGAGUACAUGUCAUCGGGGAGUUUGAAACAGUUCCUGAAGAAAACCAAAAAAAAUCGCAAGACCAUGAAUGAGAAGGCUUGGCGACGGUGGUGUACCCAGAUCCUGUCUGCUCUCAGUUACCUUCACGCCUGGGAGCCCCCCCUCAUUCAUGGAACUCUCACCUGUGACACCAUCUUCAUUCAACACAACGGUCUCAUCAAGAUCGGAUCAGUCUGGCACAGGAUGUUUGUCAAUGUUCUAGCGGAUUCCCCGAAGCCCUCACUGAGAAGCCCCAGGGAACAGCAGAAGAUUCGACAUUUCUUUGCUCCAGAGUACGAUGGCCAGGGUAAGGAUACGACAGCGCUGGACAUAUUUGCAUUUGGAAUCUGUGCCCUGGAGAUGGCUGUUUUGGAGGUACAGAGGAAUACAGACAACAGUGUCUCUCCCGAAUCCAUCGCCAGUGCCAGCCGAUCCCUUGGGAACCCUCUGAUGAAGGAAUUUAUCCAGAAAUGUUUAGCUCGAGACCCAGCGCAGCGUCCGAGUGCUCACCAGCUGCUUUUCCAUCGCGUUCUCUUUGAGGUUCACUCCCUGAAACUGCUGGCUGCCCACUCCCUCAUCAAUAACCAGGGAAUGCUGCACGAUAACUGUGUGGAGGAGCUGACCAGGAAGAUUCGCCCCAAUACGCUGAUGGCUGAAAUUCACCAUGGGAACCGUGCUGGAGUACAGUGGACGUAUUCCCACGUCUCCCCAUUGGAACUGGACAAAUUCCUGGAGGAUGUGAAGAAUGGGAUCUACCCUUUGAUGAAUUUUUCCUCCCAUCGCCCACACCAUUUGUUCUGGCCACACGUCCAUCCCCCGGAGGUCCCGGACCUGGUGAAAUCUCCAAUCGUGGAGCACCAUGAUCAGGAAACCAGGAAGGUCAUUCAGAUGCAGUGCCAACUGGACUCCCAUGAGACGAACAGCAAACGGCACCUUACUCUCAUCCUCAAAUUGGACGAUCGUUUACACAGACAUCUGACCUGUGAUCUCUUGCCAACUGACCAUUCCCAGGAUUUGGCCCAGGAACUCGUGCAGUUUGGAUUCAUCAGGCAGGAUGACUGUCAGAAGUUGGCGAAUCUUCUGGAAGAUACUUUCAGCAAACUGCAGGGUGAACGGGUCACUGCCCUGUCACGGCAAGAGCUGACUCGGGAUUAGGGGAGAGAUCCCCUGACCCACUGCAGCCUCACCCUCCGACACAGUGACAGCAGCACCAACACUGUGUCUGCAUCCAGCCACCCCACUCACUCCUCACAUCCCAACGUCUGUCUGUCAAACAUUCCUAGGACAGGGACUACACAGGGUC